UCAUACAAAUGUGACCACUCAAAUCAGCAUGUGUAGAUUUUAUAUUGAACACUACUCAGAACCAAAUCACACACAUGCAGGCUUGCAAAGAGAGAUGUCCGCCAAAGUUCUUACAAAGAAAUCUUGCACCCAUUAUCAAUUUAUUCCCAACAAUACUAUGUGUUGGCAUGUUCAUCUUAUUUCCCAGGGCCUCGAGGAAUAGUAGUGCAGGUUGUUGUUGUCACAUCAACCACAGUAUAUUAACAAUGAGGCUGUUUGUUUAACCACUGCUCCUGAUGAUAUUUAAAAUGACUUGUUUUUCUCAUGUCAAUAGAUAAAUAUUGAAUCUAUAUUAUAAUAUUGAAAAUGCUCAUGAUGAUAAAUAUGUGUCACUUAUCUCUGCAGGAUGUGCGGUGGUGAGCACCCCACGCAAUGUGUCAGUUUUAGAUGCUCAGUCACUUCCCCCUGCGUCUAUUCAACUUGACUUGUAGACUCAUAUAGAAGGCCAAAAUGGUGAAUUAUUAUCGCAAAGAAGCGGAAGCGUCCGGAGCAUGUGGCGUGUCAGCUCUGCUAAGAUUGCAAAUAUCCUUCAGGAUCUCAUUAACCACUCUGACUUAAAUGAUGGAAAAUCUGUCCUCCACUGCCAGAAGGCAAAGGUGGCCAGUGGAGGUCAACAGUGCUCCAUCCUGGAAGAAGUGGGUCCUCUUUGCAGCUUCCUCUCGGAAUCCCUAUCAGAUGAUGACGAUGAUGUCUUUGCAGACGGAUGCUUCACAGGAAAAGCAGAAUUCUUGCAGCAGAACCACAGGUUGGAGCCCUGCUUGCAUAACAACUCUCUUUGGAGUUUGGAUUCAGCGUUAAGUGGCGGAGAUGUUCCAUCCAAAGUGGGACUUGCAAUGCACCCUUCCAGCAAGCGAAGACACAAUGACCUCUCCAGCAAUAUUCCGGAGGUGCUCCAGUCACAUUCAGUAGAUGCCGAAGAGAUCCUGUGGCAGUUGGGCUUUGGCUGCGACGACCCGCAGCCCACUGUGCGCAUUCCCCCUCGCUUCCUUUCCUUCCCCUCUCAAGCUCGGGGUAUCAACUUCCGCCUUUUCUUGGAGUCGCAAGUCCGAAGGAUGCGUGAGGAGGACCCCACCCUGUGUUUAGCAAGCCGUUUCAGACAAGUCCAAGCUCUGACCGCAAUGGCCAACGCGUUCUACUCGCUGUACUCGCACGUGUCCGGCACGCCCCUGCUUAAACUCGGAACUCCGCAGUUCACCUUGUCGCCGCCCACCGAGAGCGUGAGGAGCAACCUGAGGAGCAGCGUGAGGACCGAGCCGCGCUCACCCGUUGAGAGGCUCAAGGAUACCGUCUCCAAGAUGUGCCUCUACACCUCACCCAGGACAAGGUCCAGCUUGCCUGAUUUGGACAAUCCAGUUCCCCAGCAGGUCCAGAAUGAGUCUAAGAAUGUACUGGGAGAAGAAGACUGCAGUUUGGCAUUACAAGUGGGGACAGAUACACAUGCCAAGCAAAAUGAUAGUGUCACAAUAGAGGAUGAGUUAAAACAAAUUGGCACGGUAACCUACGAGAUCCUCAAUCCAAAGAUAGUUGAGUGUGUCCGCCAAGCAAAUGCCCUACAUCACGUCUUCCCUGAAGUGUCUUCAGAUGUCUGUCAAUACUCAAUUGAUAUCUGCCGUGCAAAGAUUCCAAAAUGCAUCAAGGACCUCAAGAAGUGCGAUGAGGGGCUCAACUUAGAUUCGGAGAUGGGUUGUGUAGGAGAGGAAGAAACAGCAAGAGAAACACCAAUACAGCAAAUUAAAGGUGGUGAGUUUGGCUGAUGAAGAAACUUCGGACAAAGAUAACAUACUUCGAUGAAGCCAGUUGGGAAGAAAAACAACAGCAACAAUGCCCCUGACAAUAAUUGACGGGUGAAGCAACCCAAGCUAAAUUACUGGACAGUUUUUAAAAUAAUUGAACUCGUACGCAUUAAAGGGUAAGUCAGUUUUUUGUUGUUUUUUUUUUUUUUUAGUUUUUAGGUCAUAUUUAUCAAAUAUUUUAGCAUUUUCUGUGUUAUUUAAACAUUUAAUUUACGCAGUCUCAUUUAUGAGUUCGCAGAGAAAAUAUUUUUAUGUAACAUGAAUUUCUCAAUGAUGAAUGAAUGAAUUCCACUUGUAUGCAUAUAAUUCUCCAAUUUAUUAUAACAGUAACAGGUUGCAAAAUAGUUAAAAGUGCAAUUGAAUUCGGUCAUCUUUGCAACAAACUUGAUUUGGACUACAGUACUGUGUUUUUAUGGUCCCCAGGGGGUCUAUUUAAAAAUGGGAAAUACUUAAAAAAAAAAGCAACACUUUAAUACAAUUCUUCUACACAAGUGCAGCAGCACACAGAAUGCUGGAGAAAUUUAAAAC